UUUAAUUUUUUUAGCUAUGUCUUGGAGUGAACAAAAGUUUUAAAUGUGGUGCUUCUACUGGUGCUUAUCCUGAUCAAAGCUCUGCUGGCAGCAAACCCACAGCUUGAUGGGAACACUCUGUCAGACUCAGCAGGGCCAUAUUGGUUACCCCUUCUCAGGUGGCUGUUCCUGGCCAUGGUGCUGCACUGCCAGGAUGAGAUUGGAGCAGUUGUUCUCUCCUGCACCUGGGCCUCUGCAUAUUCUGUUUAUUGCAGGUAGUAUGUACAGUGACUGGAAUAAGUGAAAAUGCAUUUACAGAAAUGUGGGAGAAGUGAAUUUUCACAUGAAAUGUAGAAACUGAGUGCCAUAAAUGACACCUGUAAAUUUGAAACCAAAAAAUUUGGAGGUAUUUGGAUGAGCAGUCCAUAGAGUGGAUUGUGAUAAGCUUUCUCUUCUGUCUGUACAGAUUGGUGUGUUCAUAAGAUGAUGAUAGGAAACUUCCAUCAGAUUUAUUUAAAUUGAGAGGAUUGAUACAGAGUUCCACAAUACUGUCACAAGGUGGGUGGAAAGUAAGUUACAAUGGUCAUGAAUAUUUUCCAUGUGAAAAACAUCUUCAUACAUGCUAAUUAAACAGAAGUAUGGAGAGAAUAGUGUAUGGAACAGGAACAUCAUUGUAAUGUUACAUACUCUUGCAUGAUGAAAAUGGUAAACUUGAGCAUUACAGUGUUGCUUACCUGGAGCCAGAAUAAGGAGAAAAGAAGAACUGCUGUGUUUACUCACACAUGCAUCAAACCUUGAGUGUCAGGCUCUGCUUUAAGUGGCACUACAGAAAACAUGCAAAGAAGGCAGCAGCAGAGACAGAAGAUAUUCUUACUCCUCUGAUACAGGUUAAUUAAUUUUGGUGUUUUUUUAAUAAUGUGGCAGAAGCUAAUAGACAAGAACUUACUGCCCCACUCAGUGUGUCAUUACAGAAUGUCAGACCUCCUUCCCAGGGCUGACAUCCUCUUGGUUUGCUUUAACUACCUAACGGAUCUCAGGAAGAUGGAAUGGGUUGGGAGGAAGGUGUGCUGUGAAGAUCUCUAUCUGUGAGUUUAAAUACAAAAGUAUGAAUAACUGUGCACCCCCUAGCUGGGCUUGGAGUAGCUUGAGGUGUUUAAUUCUCAUGAGAGCAGAAUGAAAAUGUCCUGAGACUGGAAAGUGACAUUCCACACUGAUAACAGCUGAAAGAGUCACGGCAGUUCUCCAGCAACUUUUGUCUGAAGAGUUCUAGCAUUUUGUAUUUACAUUUUGUAUUUGACAUGGGAGUUCUUUUCUUUACAAGAAAGGAAGAGCUGAGGCAGUGUGCAUAUGACCUAGAAGACCCCUUUGUUGACUUCAUGGUAAAAUGCAAGCCAGUUGUGGCCUAUGGCUUUUCUUCAUGGGAGCAGGGAAGGAGGUGGCCUCAGCCCUCAUGUGGUCUCAGCCCUCCUCCAUGAGCAGGUUGGUUUGCACGAUGGGCUGCUCCAGAGGAGAAGUUGGAGCAAGGUGAUGAUCUCUCUUGGCAGAGGCUGUGCAGAACUGCAGCCCCAGCAGCGCUCCCAGUUAUGAGCAGGUCCCAACCAGGGAAGUAACAGGCUGGGAGGAAUUCGAUAUCUGUGCCGGUUGUUGAAUUCCUCUUGUUCCCAGGCUGCAAACUGGAUUCACAGCAGCACUUCCCAGCAGCACACAGGCUCUCCAUGGAGAGGUAUUCUUGCCUUUCUGGCACAUGUUCCAGUGCUCCUCUGAACUGUGGAAAAGCUUGGGCUGUAAGGACCUUUUCUUUUAAGAAGAGAAACCUGAGGAGACUGAUACUUCAGCUUGGGUUUCCCAGGGAGGCAGGUGCAGUCUGUUUGUCUGGUGCUGUGUGUAUGAGCUUGUCUUUCCCCUUUUAAUGCCUGUUUGGAACUGCUCUUUUGUUUCAGACAGUUCACAGGGAGAGAUGAUGGCUGACAGAACACUCUGUUUCUCUUAAGUCUUGCAAGAAAUCAGACUUGGGAUGUGAGGAUGACUGUGCUAGAGUUCUGGCAGGUGGAGGCUGCAGUGUGCAUGUAGGAAGUAGGCUUGGUGCUUUUAUUGCUCAGCGAAUUGUUCAGAUUUGUUGCAAAUUAAAAGCUAUUAAAUAAAAAGUACUGAUGGAUGCAGCACAGGAUGAUUGCUGAUGAGCUGUGGGGUUUGAUUUUUGUGAUUUUUUUUUUUUGCCACUUCAGUUUCCUUCUUUGUCAAAAUUUACAUCUGUCUCCCUUUGCUAUUUUGUGGUGGAAGCUUUGAUGAGCAAGUGAAGUAGGAGGACUGUUAAAAAUUGCAAUAUAUGUCUCUCUUGGGUGAUUGUGUGCUGUGAGAAGAGGAUCUCUUGAGAGACCACAGAACUGGGUAUGUACACUUGCAAAUGAUAUAUAACCAUUUCUGCUCACCAGAGACUCAAAAUGAGAAAACGGUUUGAGAAAGGCAGAGUGGGUGCGUCAGCUGUUUUACUUUUCCCCUGUAUGCAGGUAAAUGGUCAAGCUCUCCCUGAGCACUGUUUGUUCAACAGCUAAAAAGAAAGCACUUCAUGUCACUCCAAAGAGUAAAUAUCUGAAGUUAUGGAUUAACUAAGUUCCAGCAGAGCUCAUGGAGGAAGAACAGAUCACACUGAUUCCCACUGAAUAAAGCAGUGACUCCUGCUGCAGGAUGUGGAAGCUCCUCACUGUGGGGCUGCUGCUGGCUGCCUGCUCUUCCUGGGGCUGCUGCACCUCAAUAUUUUAUAGCAGUAGAGAUGCAAACCAAGUGCUGAGAAUCCAGAAGCGGUCAAACACUUUCUUGGAGGAGCUCAAGCCAGGCUCUGUGGAGCGUGAGUGUGUUGAAGAGGUCUGUGACUUUGAGGAGGCCAGUGAGAUAUUUGAAACCAGGGAAGCAACACUAGAUUUUUGGAGCAAGUAUAUAGACGGAGAUCAGUGUGAGCAACAUCUUUGUUCCAACGGGAUCUGCAAGGACAGUAUUGGAAAAUUUUCCUGCAUCUGUAACAAAGGCUGGGAGGGGGUUUUGUGCAGUUAUGAGGUCAAAUAUAGCAACUGUUCCAUGGAUAAUGGGGGCUGUGAACAUUUCUGCAGGGAGGAACCUGCUGAGCAGCAUCGCUUGUGCAGCUGUGCAUCGGGGUAUCAGCUCAAGGAUGACCACACCACGUGUGAGCCUGUAGUGGAGUUCCCCUGUGGAAGAGUGAAGUUGGACUACACUGAAGGCAAAGCAGGCUUCAAUAUCCGGCUCAUUGAUGGAACAGUUGGAAGAAGGGGAGGCAGCCCUUGGCAGAUUAUGCUGCAAAAUACCAAAGGGAUGUUUCUGUGUGGGGGUGUUCUCAUCCACCCAGCUUGGGUCCUAACAGCAGCACACUGCCUUGAGGAAAACAAGGGGUUCAGAGUUAAAAUUGGUAAAUUCCGUUUCCGUCCUGAGGCAGAUGAGCAGACCAUUAGGAUUGAUAAAUGGGUGAUCCAUGAAAAUUACACCAAGAAGACCUCAGAUAAUGACAUAGCCAUGCUGCACUUGGCUGAGCAUGUGAUGUAUUACAAAUACGCACUCCCGAUCUGCCUUCCCACCCGCAACCUGGCGGAGCAGGAGCUGAUGAGGAGCGGGAAGCAGGUGGUGGUGUCGGGCUGGGGCAGCAUGAGCGAGGAUAACCAGAGCUACGCUGCUCUGCUCAGGUACAUUGAAAUCCCCAUCGUGCCCCACAACGAGUGCGCCCAGGCCAUGAGCUUCCACAUCUCUGAGAACAUGCUGUGUGCUGGGAGCCUGGGGGACAGGAAAGAUUCCUGCCGUGGGGACAGUGGAGGCCCUAUGUUCACUAGAUAUAAGAAUACUUGGUUUUUGGUAGGGCUGGUAAGCUGGGGUGAAGGCUGUGGAAGAAAGGAGAAUUUUGGAGUCUACACCAAAGUUAGUCAGUACCUUGAGUGGAUCCAGCACCACAUAGAUACGUCAGCUCCUUUGAAGGGUUGAUUCUGAUCCAGAGUCUGGAAUGCUGUGACUCUAUGCUAGUGGCAGUAUGCAUUAUAAUGUACUGUCACAUCUUCUGUAUUAAAUAUUGAGUAUGUGCUAACCUUGUGUGCUGUUUUCUUUGGUAUCUAUUUUCUUUUUCCUCCUUUUUUUAUUGUUUACAUUGGUUUGUUGCAGGUUAUGUUGUUUAUUUGUGGCAUGGUCCUACUUCGGCCUUACAGGCAAGAAAAUGUCCUCUGUUAGCUGAGAUGCUGUACAUACAGCAUUGUAGAAAAUAAGGUUGUCCAUGGUCAGACAACUCUGAAAUAAAAAUGUCAGUUGUGUAAAGUGUCUGAACUGGUUGGGGUGGAGACAGGAGGGGACACAGAAAAGUGUUUUGCAAAUAACCCUAGAGAUGCAGUUCUUUAAUUUCAGCUGUACUGCAAGGUAGUACCCACAGUAACUGCUUUGGUUUGCUUGGUAUUUGUAUAAUUUUUCUUUCAACCCAGUGAAAUUUUUAUUCCAUCAUUACUACCUCCAGUUCUUCACACCUUACUCCAGUGUUCACAGAUUAUUGAUUCAGCAGGUUACUGGAACUUACCUGUAUUUUCCAUUCUUUGCACACUUGACGCCAGAUUUUACCCUGCCAAACUUCCUUAAAAGAGAAUGGGAAUUCUCUUUAGUGUUAUUCCAAAAACCCAAACAAACAAAUAAGCACCAAAACCAAACAAAAACCCCAAACAAAACAAAACCCACUUUUAAUUCCAAGCUUUUGCAGGCUCUAUUUAUCAUGAAGUCUGUAAUUCUCUUCUAAUUAACAAGCAAGCAAACACUUCUCUUCAUUCCUGUUCUGUGGGUGCAGUGGGCUGCAGACUGUGUUAGUACUGCCAAUGCUUUUACUGAUAAAGACAUGUUUGCUUGUAUAAACAUAUGUCUGUGUUUAUAUCAGUAAACAAAAUAAAGACAUACAGCAUCAAUAAGUCCAUAGGAACUAGCAAUAGUCCAAGUGAAGUUUAAUAUCACAAUUUAUACUUGUUUCUAAUCUUAGUACUUGAGACUUGUUAAACAUAAUUAAUCUUGUAGAAAGAAAAUCUGUUUCUGCUGUAGUGAUGUGUUUCCAACAUCUUGAUGGGCUUGGAUGCAUGUUUGGAUCAGUGAAGAACUUCAGUCUGCUCUUGUGAGGAGAUUGUUAAACAAAAAAACCCCAGGUAUUAUGAAAUUUUAUUAGAGUUUGUAAGAAAUUUAAUACGAUAUCAGCAAGGAGGCUUAAAUACCUCUUAAAUUUGUUCUCUCAGAAGCUGCCUCUGUGCUUAUUACCCAAGUGAGGAUUUCGAGUCAUGCACUGAAGAAGUACCAGUCAAGCCAAGGGCUUCUGUGUCACUUGCUGGCUCUGUUGCUCUCCUCUCCUCCUCUUUUUGCCUUGGGACAGGAUUUGGGGAUGGACAAGUGUUAAUAAUGCUUUGAACAGCAGCCUUCCCUCCAGGCCUGCAGGGGGAAGAGGGAACCUGUAACACUGACUUGCACAAAUGUGUUCAAAGCCAGUAAGACACAGGUCUGAGUAAUGGCAGAAAGUGUAAUGUUGGAGUGGCUGUGACUCUGACAGGGCAGUAUUUGCUUGCCUGCAGGUGACUGCUGUGAAUCCUCCUGCACACUCCCAGCUCUGCAUAUUUCAGCAGAGGUUUACAAAGCAGCUUGUGUAUUUUACCUGCUGGAAGGUGAUGGAUUGUCAGAAAUAUGCUCUCAAAAUGUCCAUAUUUUCCUGAAUUAAAUUGUUCCAAAAGGUGGCUUUUAUUACUGAAGGAUAGUUUUAAAAACCUUUUGAUUUUCUUUUUAAUGCACCUGUAUAUAUGUGUGGAAACACACAUGCAAUUUUCUUCUGAUUUUGGUUUUCUAAUGUGUUUCAUAGAAUCCAGGUUGUCUCUCCUCUGUCAAUAUUUGUGAUGGGUUAAUGAUCAACCUCUUGACCUCAUGGCUGUCCCUGGUGUAUAUCCAAAUCUCUUUUCUGUCUUUCUCUAAAAAAAGAAAGAAAAAAGUGAGUAUAAUUGCAUGAUUCUGUGUAGGUGAACUCACUCUGGGUUCUUUGUUUUUGAAAACAUGCUGCAGGAAGCAGAGGGGUAUAUGUGCUGUCAAAUCCUGGUAAAUCAGUCAGUGUGGGAAGGUAAUGCCAAGAAUUCCAAACUUCUGUCUUGUACCUGUGACUCCCAGGUAUGUGGGGGUUGGUGCCUGGCUGGGGUUGGUGUGGAUGAUGUUACUUGCCAAGACCAUCAGGAAUUGCACAGUGGCUGCUGGAGCUCUUGGCUGGUUGUGUAUCUGCCUUGGCACAAGAGCCAGCACAGCGGGGACUGAGCUGUGGCUGGGAGUGGCUCCUGCUCCUCUGGGGUCUGGCCCUGCACUCCUGUCCCAAGGCUUUUUCACUGGGACUCUGGCUCAGACCCUGCAGAGGCUGGCUCAGCCUCUCUGCCUGUGAGGAUGCCUACUGGGCUGGCUUGGAGAAACAAGGGACAUGAGGUCAGACUGAAGUGGGGAGAUUCUGAUUUCUUUGUCCCUGCUCUUAUCCUCUUGCUUCUACUUCAUCUUUGUCGCCGGCUGGUUUCAUGACAACAGACUAAUUUGAUUCUUCUUUUCCCUCUGAAGGAAGUCAGAGUGUUCUGAAUCUCACCGACAUGGAGAGCAGCUCCUUACUUGGGAUAUUUCUUCUGCUGAUGUGCUAUAUCAACAGCAUCUGCCUGCUUUCAUGUUCAGGUAGUACUUCUGAGUUAUCUUUUUGUGCUACUGUGGUAACUGGAAAUUUCAGCAUUUAAACUAAAACUACAUUCCUCACACAAAGUUGUGUGGGUUGAAGAAACACCUUCUGAAAUGCACAACAAAAAAAUACUAUUCAUAUAUAUAUUGAGGAGAAAUCAGCCUUUCUUAGCUUUCUACUUAGCCUGCUCUCCUGUUGAAACAUAUUCUCCUUGUGAUAUUGAAUCCAAAAUCAUAAUGAGUUUUGCAUGGCAAAGACUUCAGUUUGGGAAGCUAAAACAAGGUACUCUCAACGUGUGUCUACUUAAGUGUAGGUGAAUCCUCUGAGGUGACCCCGGAGCACAAGGGGUGGUGAAGGGAAAUUUCACUCAUGUACAUUAAAGACAUUUUCUCUGUUACCAGACAGCAGGAUCUGUCUAAAGCCUUUCUCCAUUAGGAAUUUUUGUGGACUCUUAUUAAUUGCCUAGAAAUGAGGCAAAUUAAUAUAAGUCUAGAAUUUCAGGCAUUGCUGUAGAUACUGUUCCUGCAACUACAAAGAAAUGUGUGUUUUCACAGUCCAUCUCAAAAGUGGGUUCUUUGUCCAAGGGCACUGCCCCAUGACUUGGAAAAUGGAGCACUGCUAAGUGCACUGCUAUGUGGAUUUUUGUGGGCUUUGUUGGGAGUACAGCCUCAGCUUUCACCUUGGAACACUGGUAGCAGCACCCACUCCCAGCAUCUGCUGGGUGGGCUUUGGCUAUUGGGCCACACUUCUGGAGAUGUAACAAAAAGGCAAAAACCUUCAGAAGCAGCAGGGGGUGUGUGGGCAGGACCUUAUGGCCUAUUGCAUCUUUUAGCCAUUCCUCUCUUAAUUUACUGAGAGCAGUAGCUUCAGCCAUUGCAGGAGGAGGACAGGUCAUAUAGUGAACUAUAUGUAAAACUGAACAUUUACAUACCUUUAGAACUAAAUGUAAAACUGACAUUUCAAUAUUUCUCUUAAUGGAGGAUUGGUGUCUGUCUUGCUGUGGCCAUGAUAGCACCUGGAAAACUCUGGGUCUCCAUUACCAAAUAUCAUACUAAUAAUUGCUGGGAAUCAAGAUGGUUAAGCAGAAAAAUAUAACCAUCCUCCACAGAAGAAGCUGCAAUACUCAAGAGUCUUGUGGAAUAAAAUACUAUUUCUGCACUUA